UGGUUUGUAAGACUUUUGGAAAGUCUUUCACCACUCACUGGAGAGUUUGCUGGCAUUGUGCUAAAGUUAAAACGGGAUGGCUGACUGGAGUGCACUCGGAAAACUAUUGGAUAAGGCACAGUCUUACUUGACUGCAGGAGGUAAACUCUGGCUCUCUGUUCUCUUCAUCUUUCGCCUCCUUGUGCUGGGAACUGCAGUAGAGUCGGCCUGGAGCGAUGAGCAAUCUGCGUUCAAGUGCAACAGCCUGCAACCAGGUUGUGAAAACGUCUGCUAUGACAAGUCCUUUCCAAUCUCGCACAUUCGGCUCUGGGUCCUGCAGAUUAUUUUUGUCUCAACCCCCACCCUGGUUUACCUGGGCCACGUCUUUCUCAUCUCAAAUAAAGAGAAAAGAAUACUUAACAAAGAAAAUAAAUUAAAGCUUCUGGAACAAGAAGGUGAAGAUGUGGGUUUGCCAUUGAAACAGUUGGAACUAAAGAAAGUCAAGUAUGGUUUGGAAAUACAAGGCAAAAUUAAAAUGAGAGGUGGCUUGUUGCACACUUACAUUGUCAGUAUAAUCUUUAAAAUAAUUUUUGAGGUGAGCUUUUUGGUAAUUCAGUGGUGCAUUUAUGAUUUCAAAUUCAUGUUGAAUGCUGUUUACCACUGCGAGAGGUAUCCCUGCCCACACAAAACAGACUGCUUCCUCUCUCGACCCACAGAAAAGACCAUCUUUAUCAUAUUCAUGAUGGUGGUGUCCAUAGUGUCAGCUGCUCUGAACGUGGCAGAGUUGGUCUACAUUGUAUUUAAAGGUUUAACAGAUCGUAUUAAGAAAAACAGUAAUUUAUUUCAAGUUUCUCAGAAAAAUGGAUUGAAUCCUUCCAAAGACUGCGCUUCAAAGUAUGCCUUUUACAAUGGGUGCUCUCCACCAAGCGCUCCCCUCUCCCCUCCUGGAUAUAAGCUUGCCACUGGGGACAGGAACAUGUCCUCUUGCCGAAGCUACAACAAACAAGCCAAUGAACAGAACUGGGCAAAUUACAGCACCGAGCAAAACAGGAUGGGGCAAGCUGGUAGCACCAUCUCCAACUCUCAUGCACAGCCAUUUGAUUUCCACGGCGAACGUCCAACUCUACAAAAGCUACCGUCAGUAAAUGAGUUGCAGCCAAUUUCUCAUCUAGAACAGAGACCACCCAGUAGCGCCAGCAGCAGAGCAAGUAGCAGGCCUCGAGCAGAUGACCUGGAGGUCUAGCUCCCCUUUCUUAACAUUCAAAGAUGUUGCCUUAUGACUGUGAUUCUGAAUAGAAACAACUUACUUUUCUGGAGGUGAUCCAGAGCUCAUUGUUCAAAAUACGUUGGUACCGAGUAGAUAUGAGAUUUGCUCAAAAUGAAUGAAUGAUUCAAUGUCACCAGCUUUUAAUUAGGAGCUUGCUAAGAUACAGAAAUGCAUACUUUGUUUUGGUGGAUGUGCAUUCUAGUGAAAUCCUUCAAGCAAGGCCCAGCUGCGUUAUUUAAUAGAAUUACCUUACAGCUAAGAGGUUUACUUGAUCUUAUACAUUCUGAGAAACAUUCUGCCAUAACAGCUCUGAGUCCUUUUGACAUUCGGCCUCCAAUCCAUGACUCAAGCCCUGUUAAUAACAUUCCAAAACAUCAUGCUACACAUUGAUGUUUUCCUCCAUACAGAUCCAAAAAUCUCUUUUGCAGCCACUUUUGCAUCACAUCAGAAAGAACAACUUCCGAUUCUCAACCAUUUCUUCCAAAUAAUUUGGAGAUAACAACAACAUCAACUGAGAUAAGGCAUUCCCAUCUGUUCCUCUGCAGAGUUCAACAGUGUACAGGUACCAAGCCUGGCAUUCAGUUGAUUUUUUUGCAGUAAAAGUAUGUCACUUUGCAAUUGUUUAUUGAGCAAAAUACUUUCAAAAGGAUAUGUAUCUCUGUAUAUUGUUUGACUAAGUGAAUGUUUGAUGUCUUAUCUGGCUCUGUGCCUGACUACAAAUCUGACUGAGCAGCUUUUUUCAAUGCGCUCAUGUAUUUUUAGGCACGCCUUCAGAACAUUUUUAACCCUUACCCUGCCAAAUAAAAUCUUAACAGGAUUGAGGUCACAAUCACUUACCAAAAAGGUUGGCCAUCCCUGAUUUAGGUGUUUGGUCAAUCUGGUAGGAUUAAUAUAUGGCAGUUUUGUCUUUUUUUAAAAAAAAUCAAUUACUUUGUCCAAUAUCCUUUAUUUGAAGUUCACCCAGGUAAGGCAAACCUAAAAAAAUUUGGAAUAAUAUUACAUUCCCAACCAAUUCUCAAGGAUAUUGGUUUGGUUGUAUUUUGAGGAAGUCACUUAAGCAAAAGAGCCAGAUUGAUUAUGUAAGCGUUCUUAGUAAAUCUGCUGUGCCAAUGUGGCACAUCUUGUUCCACUCUUUUGAUUGUGUAAGAUGAAUUGUCUGUAUCCAACAGAGGAUACUGUGGUUUAUUUGAGAAAUGUUAAGAAUGAUUACUAUUGCUAAACAAUUGUAACUUUAUCCUUGGUAUGAAUGAGAGUUUUAAAUAUUUAAUCAUUUCUGUGAUAGAUAUUGUAGUACUGCUUUAGUACUUUGAGGUGAAGUUAUCAACAGUAUGAGAAACCUAUAGUCAAUGUGCUUAGUGCUGGACUAAUAUUUAGUCAACAAGUAAUAAAGGUAUUCGUCAGUAUAGCUUCACAAAUAUCCACAUUCACCUAUAUUUUGGAUCUUUUAAAUACUUUAUUCAUAACGUCAUGGGCAAUCUAAAACUACAGUUCUAAGGUUCAACUUGGCCAUCACACAUCCAAGUUCUGUUUAUUACUUUAGCUAUAAUGGCGUUUGCACUGAAAUUCUAUAUUUGCUUAGAAUGCACAAUGACGCUGAAAGGAGUUAUGAAUUGUCAAGUAGUAUGCAUGUAACUAAUUUAUUUUGCAGCAGGAGACUCAUGUCAUGCCUUGUAACCCACCCAAGAUAACUUUAAAGAAGGUUUUUCUCCAUGCUGUGGCCUAGGCUAUUACAGAUGAUCCCCUUCCCCCCCUUUCGUUCGCACCCAUCUUCAAUGGUUGGUAUCAAAGAAUGCUUGAGUUUGGUGACCCUAGUGGCUGAACUGAGAAACCUCUCAACUGGUGUUCAGAAUACCUGUGCCAGGUGCAACAUUCUCUCCAGGGGUCAUUUGUAAAAGAUCCACUGUGCCAUUUGUGAACCUUUUGGAAAACAGCUGAUAAUAUUUAUCGGUUACAAGAAGUAAAGGAAGGAAAGAGAUAUUUCCUUCCUAUUUGACCCAUUUUGUAUGAAGUUGCCUGUGUCAGUGUUUCUAAUUUCUCAUAUUUUAACAUUCCAUGUUAAAUCACUGUUAGGCAGUCCACUUGUACUGAGACUCUUAUUCAACUGUUACCAUGCAUGUGAGCAAUCUUUUGUUCAUUAAAACCUGAUAACUUUUUUAAAAACCCAAUAAAGCAAAAU